AUGGCUGAGGACCGCCUCGCUCGGCUGGAGCACCUGUUUGCUCACAAGUGGCUCUCCGACGGCGAGUACGCCCUGCUUCGCGCCGCCAUGACCAAGUCGCCGCCUGAGGAGCGGCCCGAGGCCACCAUGAGCGAGCGGUACGGAGUGGCUGCUGCAGAGCUGGAGAACGUCUCGUUUGCCCUCAAUGACGCCGCAAAGUCCAAGCUCGCCAAGCCAAAGAAGAGCCACCGCGGCCCGCAGCGCUGCUCGCUCUGCCACAAGCUCCGCAAGCAGCACAAGUGCACCGGCGUUCCCUGUCCGGAUGCAUCCGUCUGCGGCGUCACGCGCCUGCACAGCUCGGGCUGCGAGACUGCCGCCGCUCCGGCCGCGCGCUCCAGCCGCCCGUCCAAGCGCUCGACAUCGGCGUCGGCGUCGUCGUCGGCGUCAGCGUCGGCGUCAGCGUCGGUCUCCAAGCCGCCCCCAGCCACGGCAAUGGCGUUCAAGGCCCUGCCGGCCACAGAAGCUCUGCCGUCCGUCAAUCCGCUUCCACCUGUGAAGGCUCUGCCGUCGCCCAGGGACCUACCGCCGACGCCGGCCGCGCAGCCGGACAUUGUGUUCCAGCUGGCGGCGUAUGGCAUCGACCUCGACGACACCACCGCCGCCCUCGAGCUCCCCUCCCCACAGCUGGCCGCCAAGUCGGCUUUCUGCUCCUUCCCCGCGCUCUCAUCGCUCUCGAGCGACCUCCUCGAUCUUGAGCCCAAGAGCGUGUCCAUUGCAGCGCCGGCACCGGCCGCGCGCGCUCUCAAGCCCGACCUCGACCUCUCCGAGCGCAUGUCGGCCAUCGAGGCGACAGUCACUCAGUUUGCUUCGCAAAUCGUCGUCCCCUGCCCGGUCGUCCAUGCUGGCAACCACGCCGUCGCCACCUCGGCCCUUGCCGUCGACAACUCGCUCUUUGUCGCCCUCGACUCGGGUGAGGUCGUCUCCAUCUUUGUCGUCAACUUUGUGCCGGGCCCGGCCGCUGACGCCAACGCCAAGGUUGUCCACACCUACAGGAACUGGGUCUUUGACCUGCGCCGCGCCGUCUAG